UGAUCACCAUGCCCCUCUGCGCGCCGGACCAGCGGCACAUGCACCUCCAAACAUUUUUUCUUGUGAUUUUUAAGGGAGAUUUUAUUUAGAGGCGGCGCUUGUUUGCUCCGGAGUAAUAGCGUCGUAGGCUGGUAACGACACUUUUUUUUUUUUUUUUAAACCUCACCUCACCACCCCCCUAGUCCCUCUUGAAAGAGUUUGACCGGGGCCAGAGUUGCUUGGUACAGGGGGGGUCCCUCAUUUAGCUCCAAACAAACCUGGAGGGGGUCGUUUUCUAAAGAAAUAUAUUUUAAAUUUUUUUUUUUUUUAUUAUUUUAUUCUUUUGUUUUUAUUUUAUUCGUAAGAUCCGACAAGCCUUUUGAGAUUUUACCCCCCUUCAGUUCUUCAGAUCAUGAACAAACUAUACGUUGGGAAUCUAAGUCCUUCGGUCACAGUCGAGGACUUGGAGCAGCUCUUCGGGGAGAGGAAGCUGCCAGCGCCCGAGCAGGUCCUGUUGAAAUCCGGCUAUGCUUUUGUGGACUUCCCCGAUCAGAACUCGGCCAUAAAGGCUAUAGACACUCUCUCUGGUAAAGUUGAAUUGCACGGAAAGCUGAUAGAGGUAGACUACUCUGUUCCCAAAAAGCUAAGGAGUCGGAAGAUCCAGAUCCGGAACAUUCCCCCUCAUCUGCAGUGGGAGGUUUUGGAUGGCCUUCUUGCUCAGUAUGGUACUGUAGAGAACGUGGAACAAGUGAACACUGACACAGAAACAGCAGUGGUGAAUGUUACAUACGCAACUAAGGAGGAAGCUAAAGUUGCCAUCGAGAAGCUGACAGGACACCAGUUUGACGACUACUCCCUAAAGGUGUCGUACAUCAUGGACAUGGAUGCUGCCUCGCCUGUCCAGGCUCCCCGAACGCGGCGUGGAGGGCGAUCCUCCCGGGACCAGGGCACCCCUCAGCCUGGACCGUCGGGAGGCUUUGGGUCGCCCCGUCUCAGACAGCCGGACUUCCCCCUGCGGAUGCUUGUGCCUACUCAGUUUGUGGGAGCCAUCAUUGGCAAAGAGGGCCUGACCAUCAAGAAUGUCACCAAACAAACCCAGUCCAAGGUGGACAUCCACCGGAAGGAAAACGCAGGCGCAGCUGAAAAACCCAUCACCAUCCAUUCAACACCCGAGGGGUGCUCCUCUGCCUGCCAGAUGAUCCUGGACAUCAUGCACAAGGAGGCGAACGAGACCAAGACGACGGAGGAAAUCCCUCUGAAAAUCCUUGCCCAUAACAGCCUGGUGGGUCGGCUGAUUGGGAAGGAGGGCCGCAACCUGAAGAAGAUCGAGGAGGAGACAGGGACCAAGAUAACCAUCUCCUCGUUACAAGACUUAACUAUUUACAACCCUGAGAGGACCAUCACAGUGAAGGGAAGCUUGGAGGCUUGUUGUAAAGCCGAGGUGGAGAUCAUGAAUAAGCUGAGGGAAGCCUACGAGAACGAUCUUGCUGCUAUAAACCAACAAGCCAACUUGAUCCCAGGCUUAAACCUGAACGCUCUGGGCAUCUUCUCCUCUGGUCUGCCGGUGGUGCCUGCUGCUGCCGGACCACGUGGUGCAGUGUCCCCUGUAGCAUCAGCAGGAUACAACCCCUUCUUAAGUCACUCUCCACAUCUCAGUGGCCUGUACGGGGUUCCUCCAGCAAGUGCCAUGCCCCACCAGCACUCACAACAGGCUCCAGAACAGGAGGUCGUCUACCUCUUUAUUCCCACUCAGGCAGUGGGGGCCCUGAUAGGCAAGAAGGGCCAGCACAUCAAACAACUCGCCCACUUUGCAGGAGCUUCCAUCAAGAUCGCUCCAGCAGAGAGCCCAGAUGUUGCUGAGAGGAUGGUCAUUAUUACUGGAACCCCAGAGGCUCAAUUUAAGGCUCAAGGUCGGAUAUUUGGGAAGCUGAAAGAGGAGAACUUCUUCUCAGGAAAGGAGGAGGUCAAACUGGAGACGCACAUCAAGGUUCCCUCAAGUGCAGCUGGCAGAGUCAUUGGCAAAGGGGGCAAGACGGUGAACGAGCUGCAGAACCUGACGAGUGCGGAGGUCAUUGUACCGCGGGACCAAACUCCUGACGAUAACGACGAGGUCUUUGUAAAAAUCAGUGGACAUUUCUUUGCCAGCCAGACUGCACAGAGGAAGAUCCGGGAGAUCAUUCAGCAGGUCAAACAGCAGGAACAGAAGCACCAGCAGGGCGCCGCCGUGUCACCGCACCACUCCAAGUGACCCGGCCAGGCGGCUCCAGUGGGCACCAGCCAAUGAAUGUAGCCCUCCCAAAACGGACAGAGACUGAGCCAGACUGAGGCCAAGGCCAAGGGGGAUGUGCAGGGCAGACCAGCAGCGGCGGCAACGGGAUCAAAACCAAAGAACUUCGCUACGGGGGGAAACAAGUGAGAGCCAAAGGCUGAGGGCAUUUAGUGCACUGCCAGCCCUGCAAGAGCAGACAGAGUGGGAGAAAACAUACUGAUAAAAAGACCAAAAAAAAAGCAACACAUAAGAGGUGGGAACUGCAUUAAUUUGAAAAAACAAUACAUCUUAUGGGUAAAAAAUAACAAACAAAAAAACCCAGGAUAUGUCGCCCUGCAUAACGUUUAUCUCUUUAGUUGGACUAACAUAGGCCUCAACUGAUCAAACAAAUAAACCUAUUAACACGAGUGCAUACAAGGCAUUUUGGAUUGACAGCGUGAGUUAGAACAAGAGCGACUCCUCUUUAUGAGAGUAUCCUUAGCAGUAUUAAUGCAGAGUAGAGAUGUAUAUUGAUACACUGAGAGUAUGCACUGUUUUUUUUUCCCUCUAUCCGAAUGACAGAACCAACCUGGUGCCGUUUUAAAUGUGGGAAUCUGUUCAGUAGACUGAGCUGAAACAGCCACAGAAAGCGAUCGAUUUGACCCCCUUUUUGUUUGCUGAAUUUAAAAUCCCUGAAAGUAAACCUGAUGAAUGGUUCUGAGUUUUUUUAACAAGCCUGUGUGUGUGCCAACGCAAAAGAUAACGUCCCCCUCCCUGCUACUCUCACUGUUCAUUUCCCAUGCUUUGCUCUUUUUCUUUAUAAAUUCUUUCUGCUAAUUUCUGCUUUCAUUGCUCUCAUCUGGCAUUGUGUUCUUAUUGCAAAGGAAGAUUUUUUUGCCUUUAGCCUUUUUGAGAAAAAAAAAAUUGAUUAAUAACUGCCACUUUCUUGUUAAAGAAAGGUGAAAUGAGAAGAAUUGUAUCACCCUCCAUGCAGUGAUGUCCUUAUAUUAAGAAGAGGCAAUGACGAUCAGAAAAAAUUAAAAAUAGAUCAAUCGCGUCUUAAAGAAGCUGCGCACCUUAGCUAGUGAGCAGGUAAUCAUUUGUUUCGAAUGUGCACUGUCACACGCUUGGCCUUAUGGGACGUCACAAGGGUCAACAUGAAGGGGUUGAGUAGAGAGCCCAGAAAAGAGGACCUUGUUAGGGUGGGAGGGCGAAAACACUCAUGGGCUUAGAGAACAGGCAUGGGCCGGUAAAUAAGAGAUAGAAUAUGCUGUCAACACGUUUUAAAACAAAAAAAGUAUUUUAUGAUCAAAUUUCUUUAUUUAAAUCUACAAAGCAGCAAGCCAUUCUACUGCUACUAAAAUACUGUUACAUAUAUUUAUUAUUACAGCUUUAUUAAAUAUUAUCUAUAGCAAAUAUUCUAUAUUAUGUAGAUAUAUAGUACAAGGGGGGAAGUUGAGCUACUUUGUCCUCUGAACAGCCAGAGAAAACUCAGGUCACACAAUCAUUUUCUCGGAUGUCUUAGAUAAAAAUAAGAGACUUUGGACAAGUCUGGCUGUAACUGUGUGAAUAUUAUUAAAGUUAGUUUUGCUAGUGUCAGAAAGGUGCUGAAAAUAAUCAUUAAAAGCACAAUAGCUUUAAGCAAUUUAGAAAUGAUCUUUUUUUGUUCAUAUUUUAAUUUAGAAAUGUCAGAGUGGAGACUAUAAACUUUUCACCAUUCCAUUUGGUGAUCAUUUUGCUGCCUCAAACAGCAUGUAUUCAGCAAAACUAAGCAGAUAACCGAAUAGCUCAACUAAGUACAGCUAGUUUGCCAUUUUCUACUCUUUUGAGUUUCAUCCUAUGCUAUAAAAAUGCAGGAUUUAGAAAUAUUGGUAGUCUUUCCAAAAUCUCUGGGUUAAAUGUCAAAUUUUUUUAGGAAACUGCAAUAGUGUGACAAUAUAAGAUCUGCCCCUAACUAGUUUUUGUAGUUUAUGACUUUUUUCCCCUGUAAAAUUUUGGUGAAUGCAUUGAAGGAAAAACACUUUCAGUAAAAAAAAA